ACACACGUGUACGUUUGAGCAAACUUGCACCGCGCCCUGCAGUCGUGAAAGCGUGCAAGCGUGCAGCAGUGCACCUCGAGCGUGCAAUAUGGACGCGCGUCUAGCGUUGCUCGCGAUCUGCGCGACGUUUGCGCGCGCUACUCAGCCAGCGGCACAAAUAAUCAUCGACACGUCAUCGAUAAGCGAAGAAGAUAUAGAGAAAAGGUAUACUCCAGAUCUAAUUAAAGAGCUCCAGGAUACAAAAGCGGAUGCCCUGCUACUGUACACGGAAUAUACUUCACAAGCAGCCGUCGACCUGAAGGCUUUCUUGAGAAGUAUAUCUUCACUGGAACAGGACACGAUAAACAGCAUGCAAAAUAGGAUAUUGGAUCGAGCUUCGAGGCCGUGUCGUGACGAAUUCGACAAAAACAUCAGGAAGGUAAUACACGACUCGCACCGAGCCGCCAACUUCAACGGCGAGAACCAUCACAAAUUCUUUCUUGGACACAUGAUUGUGUUCCGGAUGCAUCUUAAUAAGAGCGAAGAUUACGUACGAAGAUGUGAAAAAAUUAUGAAAGGUUGUGGAGUUCCCUGCGAAACUACACCGAGGAUGGUCAGAUGGAGGCAACUGGCUCUUUCAGAAUUAAACAGAGUUAAAGAGGAUAUCCUUUGCUCUAGAAGAUUUUAUAAAGAUUUACUUCUUCAUUCUAGAAGAAAGCUAAAACAUUUGAAAUCACAGGCACAAUUACGAGCGAAGUCAGCGGUCGAAGCUUUGGAACAAUGUGUAUGUCAACAUACGUGCUAGUUGUAUUUUUAUGAAAAUCGUGUAAAAUUUGUAUUAUAAACAAUUAAAAAUGUGAUUCAAA